AUGGCCGGCUGGGGUUCAAAAAUCGAGAUGAAAUAUGGGAGCGCGGGCAGAAUAGAUAAUCUGGUCGCCGCCUUCCUCUUCGUACUGACCGUGGUGACCUUCCGGAACGGACCUCAGGAUUGGACGAAAACCGACCUCGCGGAGCUAAGCCACGUAGGACGCGUGCCGCCCUUGCUGUCCGCAGGCUUCCUGAGCACCGGGGACCAGGCGGCCAAGGGCAACUACGGGCUGCUGGACCAGAUCCAGGCGCUGCGCUGGAUCGAGGAGAACGUGGGCGCCUUCGGGGGGGACCCCAAGAGAGUCACCAUCUUCGGGUCCGGGGCCGGGGCCUCCUGCGUCAGCCUGCUCACCCUGUCCCACUACUCGGAAGGACUGUUCCAGAAGGCCAUCAUCCAGAGCGGCACCGCGCUGUCCAGCUGGGCGGUGAACUACCAGCCGGCCAAGUACACGCGGCUGCUGGCCGACAAAGUGGGGUGCAGCAUGCUGGACACCACGGACAUGGUGGAGUGUCUGCGGGGCAAGAGCCACAAGGAGCUGAUCCAGCAGAGCAUCACGCCGGCCACCUACCACAUCGCCUUCGGGCCGGUCAUCGACGGGGACGUGAUCCCGGACGACCCGCAGAUCCUCAUGGAGCAGGGCGAGUUCCUCAACUACGACAUCAUGCUGGGCGUGAACCAGGGCGAGGGGCUCAAGUUCGUGGACGGCAUCGUGGACGCCGAGGACGGGGUGACGCCCAACGACUUCGACUUCUCCGUGUCCAACUUCGUGGACAACCUGUACGGCUACCCCGAGGGCAAGGACACGCUGCGGGAGACCAUCAAGUUCAUGUACACGGACUGGGCCGACAAGGAGAACCCCGAGACGCGCCGCAAGACGCUCGUGGCGCUCUUCACCGACCACCAGUGGGUGGCGCCCGCCGUGGCCACGGCCGACCUGCACGCGCAGUACGGCUCGCCCACCUACUUCUACGCCUUCUACCACCACUGCCAGAGCGAGAUGAAGCCCAGCUGGGCCGACUCGGCGCACGGGGACGAGGUGCCCUACGUGUUCGGCGUCCCCAUGGUCGGCCCCACCGAGCUCUUCAGCUGCAACUUCUCCAAGAACGACGUCAUGCUCAGCGCCGUCGUCAUGACCUACUGGACCAACUUCGCCAAGACCGGGGACCCCAACCAGCCGGUUCCCCAGGACACCAAAUUCAUCCACACCAAGCCGAACCGCUUCGAGGAGGUGGCGUGGUCCAAGUACAACCCCAAGGACCAGCUGUACCUGCACAUCGGCCUGAAGCCGCGGGUGCGGGACCACUACCGGGCCACCAAGGUCGCCUUCUGGCUGGAGCUGGUCCCCCACCUGCACAACCUCAACGAGAUCUUCCAGUACGUGUCCACGACCACCAAGGUGCCCCCGCCCGACAUGACGUCCUUCCCCUACGGCACCCGCCGCUCCCCGGCCAAGAUCUGGCCCACCACGAAGCGCCCGGCCAUCACGCCCGCCAACAGCCCCAAGCAGGCCCGGGACCCGCACAAGCCGGGCCCCGAGGACACCACGGUGCUCAUCGAGACCAAGCGGGACUACUCCACGGAGCUGAGCGUUACCAUCGCCGUGGGCGCCUCGCUGCUCUUCCUCAACAUCCUGGCCUUCGCCGCGCUCUACUACAAGAAGGACAAGCGCCGGCACGAGACGCACCGCCGGCCCAGCCCCCCGCGCAACCCCAGCAACGACAUCGCCCACCUGCAGAACGAGGAGAUGGUGUCGCUGCAGAUGAAGCAGCUGGACCACGACCACGAGUGCGAGGCCCUCCCGGCGCACGACACCCUGCGGCUGGCCUGCCCGCCCGACUACACGCUCACCCUGCGCCGCUCGCCCGACGACAUCCCACUCAUGACCCCCAACACCAUCACCAUGAUCCCCAACACGCUCACGGGCAUGCAGUCCCUGCACACCUUCAACACCUUCGGGGGCGGCGGCGGCGGUGGCCAGAACAGUACGAAUUUGCCCCACGGACACUCCACCACCCGGGUAUAGCCGGGGCCCCCACGCCUCGGGAUGCCCUGCAGCAGGGGAGUGGUGGAGGAGGCGCAGAGACGCCAAGGCAGACACAGGUGCCUCCCCACCUUCCCUCCCCCCCCAAAAAAAAAACAAAAAACAACAACGCACGGGCUGCAGGUCACACACUUCACACAGACACGCAACGAAUUAGAAGGAC